CUGAAACACCGGCUCCGGCUACGCCUGCGAAGAAAACCGAAAGCGUCAGCGGCCGCCGCCGCCGCUGCGGCCGGCUCGAAGAAACCUAAGGCUAAACCUACUCAUCCCAAGACAGCUGAAAUGGUAAACAACGCCAUCAAAGAGUUGAAGGAGCGCAGCGGUUCAUCGUUACAGGCUAUCAAGAAAUACAUCGCCGCUCAAUAUAAGGUCGAUACGGAGAAAUUGGCACCGUUCAUAAGAAAAUAUCUCAAGAGCGCCGUCGAGUCCGGUGCCCUGAUACAGACCAAGGGGAAGGGUGCUUCCGGUUCAUUCAAAUUGGAAUCUAAAUCAUCAGCAGCCAAGAAACCGUCGUCGGGUGGUGGUGGUGGUGGUGGUGGUGGUAAGGCAAGUGGUGGUUCCGCCGGAACCGGUAGGGCUGCAGCUUCGUCGGCAUCCGUUAAAUCUAAGAAAGCCGCCGCAACGGCAUCGGCGGUGGCAGCGAAGGGAGGUAAGAAAGGCGGUUCCGUAGCUUCGUCGGCUGCAUCUUCGCCGUCCAAAGCUAAAGCAUCGGCGGCAGCGGCCAGGGAUAAGAAAGCGGCCGCAGCCGCAGCAGCAGCUGCCAAAAAGAAGCCGGCCGCCGCUAAGAAAGGUUCCGCAGCCGCGAACGCCUCUGCCGCAUCCUCCGCGACAGCUUCUAAGGCGAAAGGUGCAGCAUCCAAGGCCAAGAAGAGCGCCAAACCUCCCACUAAGAAACCUAAAGCCCCGAAACCGAAGAAAGCAUCCGCCGGUACCCCGAAAUCGAAACCCGCAGCUAAGAAAGCAGCAGCAGCAGCGAAAAAGUAA